CCCUCCAGAUUGAAAACCAAAACUAUAAAUACCCUCAGAUCUCAAAAUAAAUAAAUAAAACAUAAAACAAAAAAUUCCGAGAUCGGAAAAAAAAAACAAAAAUACUGAUCAAUGGAAGGAGUAGGUGCUAGAUUCGGCCGGCAAUCAACUCGGUACGGUCCAACCACUGUAUUUACCGGUCCGGUUCGUAGAUGGAAGAAAAAGUGGAUCCACGUCAGCUCGGUUAAAAAGACCACGGUAACUAACGGUGGAGUUAACGGAAAUAAUAACGGUUCUCAUCUCAUGUUUCUCAAGUGGACUCCAAUUACUAAUAACAACACUAGUACUGAAAAGGAUAUUGGUGAAGACGGUGUCGUUUCGAUUGAUGAACCACGCAAGCGUAAAUUCAACAGAUUGGUCUUCUUGUUGUACUUGAGUAAUGUGCGGAUUGCCAGAAUUAUUUUUUGUAUAUUUUCCCUCAGUCAGGGGUUGCUUCUGAUCGCUCUGCUUGAAGAUCUAAAGAAUGAGUCAGACCAGGAUGAGGAUGAAGCUGAACCAGUGGAGGCUGACGCAAAUACCGGGGAGCCAACAUCUCAAGCUGAUGAUUGUGAUGAAAAACCUGACAUCAAUAAUGUGCCAAUGGAAGAAAAUCAGAUGAACACUUUGAUGUUGACAAGGGAAGUUUUGGUCAUCCAUUAUUGGACUAUUGGGUAGAGAGACAAAUGCCACAUGUUGGAGGGAAAUAGAGACACAGGUAAAUGAGCCUAAAGGAGAGAUUUCAGUGGACUGGAGGAGGAUCUGGGAUGGAGGAUUCUGUUUCAAGUAACAAUAAUUAAUUUUUUGGUUGCUGGAUAUGAUGAAGAAACCCCAUUUAUGAAAUAUAAUCGGUACUUUUAGAUCUCCCUAAUACGAAAAAGUUUCUUGAGAAGUUCUCAUAUGUUUUAAGCCAACAAGUUUUCCCCCUUCGCCUCUUUUUUCUUGGAAAAUGAGUUUCUUCUUUUCUUAUUAUCCUUCUUUAUUUUGCUCUGUUUUGUUUGUUCCUAGUGUUGUGUUCUUUAACUUUGUGACUAUAAUGUGCAUGAGUUUCUU